AUGUCUACCGGCCACUCACACGAAGGCGCGUCGCAUUCGCAUUCGCACGAGGCUGCGGAUCACGGCCACACGCAUGAGAUCCUCGAUGGGCCGGGGAGCUACCUGGGCCGCGAGCUGCCCAUCAUCGAGGGAAGAGACUGGGAAGACCGGUCCUUCACUAUCGGAAUUGGAGGACCAGUAGGCUCGGGCAAGACGGCCCUCAUGCUAGCCCUCUGCAAACACCUCCGAACACGCUUCUCCAUAGCCGCGGUAACAAACGACAUCUUCACGCGAGAAGACUGCGAGUUCCUCACCAAGAACAAUGCCUUGCCCGCUGAGCGCAUCGUCGCUGUCGAAACGGGAGGCUGCCCCCAUGCCGCCGUUCGCGAAGACAUCUCCGUCAACCUCAUGACGCUCACAAACCUGCACCAAAAGUUCAACACGGACCUCCUGCUCAUCGAGUCCGGCGGCGACAACCUCGCUGCGAACUACUCGCGCGAACUCGCCGACUUCAUCAUCUACGUUAUCGAUGUCUCGGGUGGUGAUAAGAUCCCCAGGAAGGGUGGUCCGGGUAUCACGCAAUCAGACCUUCUGGUCGUCAACAAGAUCGAUCUUGCCGAGGCCGUCGGUGCGGAUCUGGGUGUCAUGGAGCGGGAUAGCAGGAGGAUGCGUGAGGGUGGACCGACUAUCUUUGCGGUCGUCAAGAGGGAUCAGGGUGUGGAUGCUAUUGUGGACUUGAUUCUGUCAGCGUGGAAGGCUUCUGGUGCGACGCAGGCCAGAAAGGAGAAGUUCGAGCCUACGUUGAUGGAAGAGAAGUGA